AAUGUACUUCUCAGUUUUCAACUUAGUAUGCUGUGUUGAACCCUUCAAGCACACCGCCAUGUUUUCAUCGGGCAUGAAAUUUGAUAUAAAGGAGAGCCCUAACUCACACAAGAUAGGACAAAUAUGCGUUUAUAGAAUAGUCCCCGUAAUUCCAGUGUCCGUGCACGAGUGCAUCGGUAACCGUAGGAUGGUUCUAUGGCGCACAUGCGAACAUGUUGGGGCCUUUUUUGGGGGCUGUUCACUGAUUUGGCGGCCGCCCUUUCGCUUCCGCGCCCCCCUUAAGUCCGCCACCAUGUAA